GUGAAAAUAAUAGGGGUGUAGGGCAUGGACGGGUAUAGGCAAGUGACGCCAGUGUAGGGCAUGGUUCCGGGAGCUAUGAAAAGCCGACUUCGGCCUGAGCUAAGAUUAUACAAUGCCGGAGCCAUAAAACGCCCCAUACAUCAGUGAAUUCCUACUUGAAAAUUCGCUGACCCGUUCCCGUUGUUUAUAUUAACACGUUAUCAUAUGAAACGUGCUCUUGAGUGUCUCACUAUAACGAGAACAUCUUCAGAACAAAACGAAUUAACUGGCACGAUAGGCAAUGAUGAUUUUACAUCGAGAGAAUUUAGUUCUUGUCAUUGGCAUUUACAAGCACCCCAAGGAAAAUUAAUAGAAUUGGAAGUAGUCAGGCUAGGCUCUCAAACAAGUUGCCACGAAGCUUGUUUUUAUGGGAAUGUUGAGUUUAAAUUGCGUGCUGAUUUUACGAGGACAGGGAUAAGGUAA